UGGAAACGAGAUACGAUCGCAUCCUGGACCGCGCGCAGUGCAACGCCACGUCGGCAGAGACGCACACGCUGUGACAGACUCAGUCAGUGAUGAUUGAUCGAGUGUUUCUGAGAGGAAUGCGCUGAAAUAUCAAACUGCACGAGACUCGAGAAAGAUCACAAUCAUGGUGAAGAGUGUAAAUUCAGAGGUUCAUCAGAGCAACACAACAUAUGAAUCAGAAGAAACACAACACACACACACCGAGCCGUCUGCAGAUGUUGGUAAGGAGCACCCUGUAGCUCCGCCCGGGAUGAUUUGGCGGGUGACCGGCGGCCUCUUCAGCGUCACCAAGGGUGUGGUGGGGGCCACUGUGGGCGGAGUCACAUGGCUAGGGAGCAAAAGUCUGGAGAUCACCAAAUCAGCUGUGACCGCUGUCCCGUCGGUGGGCGUCGACCUGGUGAAAGGCGGAGUUUCUGCGGUGGCAGGAGGCGUGUCCACGGUGGGGUCAACAGUAGCCAAUAAAGUGCCGUUUACAGCAAAGCGAAAAGACAAAUCUGAGUGAUGAUGAUGAUGAUGAUGAUGAUGUCAUGCAUGAGGACAUUCAGCUGAUGCACAUUUUUCUGACACACAUGUAAAGAUGACAGAACCUGUCAAUCAAUCACCAGCAGACACAUUCCACAAGGAGACGUUUACUCAAGUGUGCGUGAUGUUUGUACCAUCAUGUGUUUCAAAGACCACAGACACAUUGAUGAGUGAUGUCAUCUCGCUCUCACUGUGAUGUCACUUCCUGACACCUUUUGUAUUAUAAACUGCAAUAUAUAUUAUUUGAACUUAAUAAAGUAGCGAAACAAAAUUUGUGGAAAAUCUUUUCACUAUUUGUAAACCUUUUGAAUUGUGACUGACAAUUUGAU